AUGGCCCUCUUCUCCGGCACCCUGCAACCCUCUCACCCCAACGUGAGGUGUGUCGUUGAGCCAAGGUAUCUUGAGAUACAUGAGCAAGAACUCCAGCAUCACCCAAUGAGGACAUAUCACCCCCUUCAACCCGUUCUCCUUACUCAACCAUCUCCUCUGCUAAGGCACGAUGGUCCUCUGUACGAGACAAUACCCGUUGACUUUGGAAGCUGUGGCGUCUGCGAAUUGAAGGUCUACAGAGUUCGAUCCGUUUCCCAAGGCACUGUUCCCGCCAUUGUGUGGUGCUCUGAAGGCAACAUGAUGCCUGGAGACAUCGAUGGCGAAAGUAGCGUUCUCUCAAGACUUUGUCAUGAUGCUCAGUGCAUCAUCAUCAGUGUGGCCAACCGCAGUGUUUGGGAACAUCCAUACAAGGCCUCGAUCAAUGAUGUCUUCAUGAUGUACAAUUGGGUUUACCAGAACCAGGAAGACCUGGGUAUCAAUGGGACCAUCUGUUUGGGUGGAGUGGCCGCCGGUGCAAGCCUCGCCCUCAGUACUUUGCUCCAACGCGCCGAACUGGGUCUCUCGUUGCCGGCGGGUUUGGUCAUGGUUGCUCCGGCACAACUUGAUCACACGGUGACGGCGGAAAACUUGACCAAAUGGAAUAAUAUGCAACCUCCUCCUGGGUCUGGUCCCGACGCUGCCAUAGAAUUCCCGUUGCCCCUCCUGCCCAAUGUACCAUACCAAUCCAACUGGGUGCAAAAUCCCAUGAGGAUCCCCGAUGAGGUUCUAGAAAAAAUCAGUUUGCCUCCAGUUUUCUGUCUUACAAUGGGGUCGGAUCUCGUGUCUGGUGCGGCAGAUUUCAUGUGCGAACGAAUGUACAACGCAGGGCACACUGUGCGAGAGGAGAUUUUCAAAGGUCUUCCUUACAUGCCUUUAGGGACGACGCAGGUAUUCCCGGAGGCGUACGAGGAGAUGAAAAACGGUUUCGUGAAAAUGUUCGAUGUCGACAUGAAGCUGUUUGCGGGUCUACCUUGGCCGCCAGAGGAGGAAGAUCAAGAUUUCGAUUCGAGGGGGAGAUUAUAA